AUGGUGCAGAAAUCCCGCAACGGCGGCGUGUUUCCCGAUGACGCCCCGCCGGCCGAGAAGAAGCUGAAGGUGGGCUUUGUGGGGCUGGACGCGGGCGCGACGGACUCGAGCCGAGACGGCGCGUUGCUGAUCGCGGGCGCGGACGCGUCAAAGCGCGGCAGUAUCUUGAGCAAACAGAGAUCCAGCAUCUCCGGGAAGAGGCCGCCGAAGCGCAACGCGUUCUACCGACGCCUGCAGAAUUUCCUCUACAAUGUUCUGGAGAGACCGCGCGGAUGGGCGUUCAUUUACCACGCUUACGUGUUCCUGCUGGUCUUCUCCUGUCUGGUGUUGUCUGUGUUCUCCACCAUCAGAGAAUAUGAGAAGAGCUCUGAGGACGCGCUUUACAUCCUGGAAAUCGUGACCAUCGUGGUGUUCGGAGUGGAGUAUAUCGUGAGGAUCUGGUCCGCCGGAUGCUGCUGUCGCUACAGAGGAUGGAGAGGAAGACUCAAAUUCUCACGGAAACCUUUUUGCGUUAUCGACAUCAUGGUUCUGAUCGCCUCCAUCUCGGUUCUGGCCGCUGGAACGCAGGGGAAUGUGUUCGCCACCUCCGCCAUCAGGAGUCUCCGGUUCCUGCAGAUCCUGCGGAUGAUACGCAUGGAUCGCCGCGGAGGGACAUGGAAACUCUUGGGAUCUGUCGUCUACGCUCACAGCAAGGAGCUGAUCACAGCCUGGUACAUCGGCUUCUUGUGUCUGAUCCUGGCCUCGUUCCUGGUGUACCUCGCGGAGAAGGAGGAUAAUGAGAUGUUCGAGACCUACGCCGAUGCGCUCUGGUGGGGUCUGAUCACUCUGACCACCAUCGGCUACGGAGAUAAAUACCCCAUCACCUGGAACGGCCGUCUCCUGGCCGCCGCAUUCACACUCAUCGGCGUGUCCUUCUUCGCCCUGCCUGCGGGGAUUCUGGGAUCUGGGUUUGCCUUGAAAGUUCAGGAACAGCAUCGGCAAAAACACUUCGAGAAGCGCAGAAACCCUGCAGCCGGACUCAUUCAGGCUGCCUGGAGGUUUUACGCCACAAACCUGAACCGCACGGAUCUGCACUCGACGUGGGACUAUUACGAGAGGACCGUAUCGGUGCCCAUGUACAGACUCAUCCCUCCCCUGAACCAGCUCGAUCUCCUGAGAAACCUCAAGAGCAAAUCCGGCCUCUCCUUUAGGAAGGAAGCCGAAGCCUCUCCGAGUCAGAAAGUGAGCCUGAAGGAGCGCGUGUUCUCCAGCCCGAGGAACUCUGCGAGUAAAGGGAAGAGCUCUCCUCAGGGCCAGCAGUCGCUCCGCCGCUCUCCCAGUGCCAACAGCAUGGAGGACAGCCCGUCCAAAGUUCCCAAGAGCCUCAGCUUCGGCCAGUCCAGUCGGGCCCGGCAAGCCUUCCGCUUUAAAGGGGCCGCGUCCCGCCAGAACUCAGAAGUGCUCAUUGAGAUGCAAGAGGAAGAUUUGAGACACAGGAACUCUCCAGAAGCCAGCCUUCCCGGAGAAGACAUUGUUGAUGACAAUAAGAGCUGCCAUUGUGAGUUUGUCCCUCAGGAUUUAACGCCGGGACUAAAAGUUACCAUCAGGGCCGUGUGCAUCAUGAGGUUCAUGGUGUCCAAGCGCAAGUUUAAGGAGAGUCUUCGGCCGUAUGACGUGAUGGACGUCAUAGAGCAAUAUUCAGCCGGACAUCUCGACAUGUUGGCGAGGAUUAAAAAUCUGCAGUCCAGAGUGGAUCAGAUUGUUGGUCGAGGCGCUCCGAUUACAGACAAGGAUCGUCCUAAAGGAACCACAGAUGGAGAACUGCCGGAGGAUCCCAGCAUGAUGGGGCGACUCGGGAAAGUGGAGAAACAGGUGAUGUCAAUGGAGAGAAAGCUGGAUUUCCUGGUGAACAUCUACAUCCAGCGCAUGGGAAUCCCGCAGUCCGAGACGGACGCCUACUUCGCCUCUAAGGAGCCCGACCCGGCGCCUCCGUACCACAGUCCGGUGGAGCACAUGGAGAAGAGCGGAUCCAUCACCAAAAUCAUCCGGUCCAACAGCUCAGCGGGACAGAAGAACUUCGACCCGCCGACCUCCACAUGCGUCAAUCACCACUGUCCUCCGUCCACGUCCCGGCAUCCACAAACCAUCCCUGAUCCCGGCCCGAUCCCCGAUCCCGCUUCGCUAGUGCGUAUCCCUCCGCCUCCGGCACACGAGCGCUCGUCCAACGGACACAACGGAGGAUCUCGCGCACACCAUUCCCGCGAAGACGGGCGCCUUUCCCAAGCCGGAGCCGAGAGCGACACGUCCGUAUCAAUCCCGUCCGUGGAUCACGAGGAACUGGAACGCUCCUUCAGCGGAUUCAGCAUCUCGCAGUCCAAAGAAAACCUGGACUUUAUGAACAACGCUUAUUUUAGCGGCGUGCCGCGCUGCGCUAAAGUGAGGUCGUACAUCGCGGAGGGCGAGUCGGACACGGACUCCGAUCUGUGUGUCCCGUCGCCUCAUUCAGCCACCGGAGACGGCGCGUACGGGGACCGAGGCUGGACCGGACCCAAGUGAAACCACUCCGGAAGUCUUUACAAACCAGCGUCAGACUGUAUUUGUGGGAACCUGCGUGUUUAAAAAGCAGAGUUUCACUCACAAGCACGACUCCACGAGCGGAAGAAGAGAGAAAAUGCCUCUGGGAGCCUUGACGUAAAGACGGAGGAGAGACCGUUUCACAUCUGGCGUGUUUUCAUCUUUAAGGUGGAGACGGCAAAAGCUUGAGUGUUGGAAACGACAUCUAGGAGCUUUAUCCAUCAGGAUGGAUGAGAGACACAUGUGGUGCAUUUUCAUCUUUAAGAACUCUGAAACCACGUGGGACUUUGUUACGACCAGCGCUAGACCAGCCCCAUCUCAUGAAGAUGUGUAUCUAUAGCACAAAUUUUAUUUCUCAUACCAUUAAUAGUUUUUGCGUGCAUAUGAUACGCACUUUAUGGACUCGCUCCACACCCCUAAUCCUACCCAAGGGGUUUACAGUGCGUAUGAAAACUACUUUUUUUGCGUAUAAAUGGCACGAGAAAUCAAAUUUGUGCUACAGAUACGCGCUUUCGUGAGAUUGUGUCGGCUAGACUGUAUUUGUGAGCACCUGUGUGUUUAAGAAGCAGGGUUUCACUUACAAGCUCAACUCCACGAGCGGAAGAAAGGUGGAGACGGCAAACGUUGGAGAUGACUUCUCAGAGCCUUAUCCAUAGGGUUGGGUAUCGUUUGAAUUUGAACGAUUCUGAUUCCGAUUCCUUGUUUCGAUUCCGGUUCCUAACGAUUCUC